AGGGAUUUGCUUCCGCCCCAUCCGCAGCACCAACAUCGAGCUCAGCCACCGGAGACACAACAGGAACAACCAAGAGUCCAAGAGGUUGCCAUAGGGCAGUGUAGCCUCUAUACACCGCCCAUGCUCUAAGCCAAACAGCAGAAUAAACACCAACUGUACACCAGCCAUCUGUCCUCCUAAUAAAGUGCGUAGUACGUACUACUGUACUAGCUAGCAUGCAUCCUUUGAAAUGUCCCACCUGUAGCUAAUCCGACAACAAGGGGAACCGGCAUGUGCGUUGCAGCUCUCAAUUCAGGCCUCUGAACCCCGUUUUGCCGCCGGCACCUCGUUGCUUUCUCCAUCUAUAUAUUAAUUUUGUCUUGUCCUUGAUCCUAUUAUCGUCGUCCACGGAGUCCAACGGUGCCAGCACCACGCGACACCCAAUGGCGUCACCUCACCGCCUAGCACGCAGCCCCGGCUCGGCCUCCCGCGCCGCCCCGGCCUUCUCGACCGCCAACUUCGUGCGCUCUCUCCGCAAGGCAGCAUCCUUCGGUUACAGGAAGCCCAGCGCCGGCGUCGUCGACGCAGCGGACACGACGCGACGACGCAGCGCGGACACUAUGGUGAUGUCCCCGUGCCGGUCGUCACCCGAGCCGGGCUUCGCUGCGAGGGGUGCCUGGGAUCUGCAGACGAGGCGUAGGCAGAGCAACGGGCAGUCGUCGCCUUCCGAGGGCGUCGGCAGAGGGCCGAGCGUGCCGAGGAAGACGCCGACGACGCCUAAGAAGGAGGACGUGGCGCACCGGGCGCGCGUGCUCACCGCGCGGCUGAUGCAGUGGCGGCUCGCGAACGCCCGGAUGGAGAAGGCCAUGACUCGCGCCACCCACGCCGCCGAGAGCAAGCUGCUGUACGUGUGGCGGCGCGUGGCCGAGCUGCGCAACAUCCACACGGCGAAGCGGAUCGUGGCGCAGCGGUGGCGGCAGAAGGUGAAGCUGGGCAGGCUCCUGCGCCCGCAGCUCCCCCUCCUCGCCGCAUGGGAGACGCUCGGCGAACCGCACUCAGACGCUGUGGCGGACCUCGGCCGGGUGCUCUCCGCCGCCUCCACCUCCCUCCCCUUAUCCGACGGCGCCCGAGCUAACCUGGAGCUGUUGCACGAAACCAUGCUUUCUUGCGCGCGCACCGUGGAUGAGAUCAAAGCCAGGGCUGACAUGUUCUAUGCCACGGGUAGUGUCACCAGCAGCUCGAUCGACGAGCUCGCGAGGACAAUGCAGGAGGAGAUGGCAGGGCUCGAGGAGGUCAUGCGGCUGUGCAGGAUUGUCACUAACCUCCAGGUUCAGGAAGUAAGCCUUCGAGCUAAUCUGAUUCAGGCAAAGCAAAAUAUUGACUGCUCCUAGUGCUUGAUAUGGACGGGAUCCCUACGUCGCAAAUAGGAGUGCCAUCAUGACGGGAGAUAUCAUCACAAAUAGGAGUUAGGACCGGCCGGUCCCGUACUACAAGAUUCAAGUAUGCUUGUCGGAAAUAAAUUAUGUAGAUGAGGAUCAUGAGAGGUGCGUGUUGCUAUAUUUUGGUUGAGUUAAGGUUAAUCUAGUACUCUUCUGUGACUUAUCUAUGUAUGGAUACUGUAAUUUUUGAGAUAUUCGGUGGCUAGUCAUAUCAACGAGUUGUAUGUAAAAGGCCUCAAUAUGACUUGCAGCGCGAUGGUAAAAUCAUACACAAACUGGAAAAGUAGUAAACCAAGUUAAGGACACAUUUAACCCGCAAAAGAAAAAAAAAGGACACAUUUUACUACAACGUCCGUUAGUUCUUUUCUUUUUUUUUUCCUUUUUUUUGCGGGCAACGUCCGUCAGUUCUACCGGCCGUUGUUUGUUGCCGUCAACUGUACAUACCAUGCCAGACGUGUGGAUCCCAGAGGGUAGUAUAAACCACUCCCUCCGUUCCAAGAUGUAAUAUCAUUUUUGACAAUGACGGAGAUAAUAGAAAAUAGUACACCAACAUAGAUAAUGACACAUUUUAUGUGUGUAGAAAGAAAUAAGAAUGCAAAAUAAAUGAUGCGCUGAUGCAAAUGGUGUCCUGCGGCCGCAUCGUCGUGAACAUCAAUGGCGAGAUCGGCCCUUACUUCCCCCCCUUUGUGGGGUUAGACAAGGCGACCCCUUCUCCCCAUUCUUGUUCAACAUGGUUGUGGACGCUCUCGCCGCGAUCCUGGACAAGGCAAAGGCGGCUAGACAUAUCCACGGGAUCACGCCUCACCUUGCCGGCGGCCCUGGGAUCUCCCUUCUCCAGUACGCCGACGACAUCAUCAUUAUGGUGGAAGGCUCGGAGACAGACAUCUCCAAUCUCAAAUUCCUCCUCCUCUGCUUCUAACAAA